CAGAAGCUGCCGGAGAUCUAUCAACAAUUCACCAUGGCAUGCAGUGGCUCACGAGCCGUCAGGUUUCAUAAUGACAUGGAGCUCCCUCACCGGAAAAUAGCAAGCGCACCGGAGAGCAGGGCGAAGAACGGCAAGGCUCGCCAGCAGCACGACCCGCGGAAAUGCCGGCGAGGCGGCGGCAGCCUCAAGGACCGGGUGCUGUCGCGCGCCUUCUCGGAGGAGCUGGACUCGCUGAUGGGCUCCGGGAGCCACCUCUUCUUCGACCCGCGCGGGCGCCUGAUCCACCUGUGGAGCAAGGUCUUCCUCGCCACCUGCCUCGCCUCCCUCUUCGUCGACCCGCUCUUCCUCUACCUGACGGGCACCAGGCAGAACAUGUGCAUCGAGUUCAAGUACUCGCUGGCGUUCACGCUCUCCAUGAUCCGCUCCCUGCUCGACCUCUUCUACGCCGCGCACAUCUUCUUCCGCUUCCGCACCGCCUUCAUCGCCCCCUCGUCCAGGGUGUUCGGCCGAGGGGAGCUCGUCAUCCAGCCCUGCAAGAUCGCCAGGAGGUACCUCGCCGGGACCUUCUGGUUCGACCUCGUCACGGCCUUACCCAUACCGCAGUUCGUGGUCUGGAUCGUGAUACCAAAGCUGAAGGGAUCCGCGACGGCCAACAGGAAGAACGUCCUCCGCUUCAGCAUCAUCUUCCAGUACCUGCCGCGCCUCUUCCAGAUCUUCCCGCUGUCGAGGCAGAUCGUCACGGCGACCGGCGUCAUGACGGAGACCGCGUGGGCCGGCGCCGCCUACAACCUCAUACUCUACAUGCUCGCCAGCCACGUGCUGGGAGCGCUGUGGUAUCUCUUCUCGGUGCAGAGGCAGGAGGCGUGCUGGCGAGAGGCGUGCCAUGUCGAGGGCCCGUCGUGCCAGACUCUCUUCUUCGACUGCAAGACCGUUAGCAGCAACAGGACCAUCUGGUACCAGCUGAGCAACAUAACGAGCUUGUGCACGCCCAGCAAUGGCUUCUACCCGUUUGGGAUCUACGGGGAGGCGCUGGAGACCAAGCUCACGUCGUCGACCUUCACGCAGAAGUACUUCUACUGCUUCUGGUGGGGGAUGAAGAACCUGAGCUGCUUGGGACAGAAUCUCUCGACGAGCCUGUUCAUAGGAGAAAUAAUAUUUGCGACCGUCAUUGGCGUUCUUGGGCUUGUGCUGUUUGCUCUGCUCAUCGGCAAUAUGCAAUCUUACCUGCAGGCGACGAUGGUCCGGCUGGAGGAGUGGCGGACGAAGAGGACGGACAUGGAGCGGUGGAUGAACCACCGGCAGAUACCGCAGCCGCUGAAGCAGUGCGUGAGGAGGUACCACCAGUACAAGUGGGUGGCCACCCGCGGCGUCGACGAGGAGGCACUGCUCGAGGACCUCCCCAUGGACAUCCGCCGCGACAUCAAGCGCCACCUCUGCCUCGACCUCGUCCGCAGAGUGCCGCUGUUCGACGAGAUGGACGAGCGGAUGCUGGAGGCGAUCUGCGAGCGGCUGCGGCCGGCGCUGUACACGAGGGGCACGCGGCUGGUCCGGGAGCUGGACCCGGUGGACUCCAUGCUCUUCAUCAUCCGGGGCUACCUCGACUCGUACACGACGCAGGGCGGCCGGUCGGGGUUCUUCAACUCGUGCCGCAUCGGGGCGGGGGAGUUCUGCGGGGAGGAGCUCCUGCCGUGGGCGCUCGACCCGCGCCCCGCCGCGUCGCUGCCGCUGUCCACGCGCACCGUGCGGGCCGUGUCCGAGGUCGAGGCGUUCGCGCUCGUCGCCGACGACCUCCGGUUCGUGGCGUCGCAGUUCCGGCGCCUGCACAGCGCGCGCAUCCGCCACAGGUUCCGCUUCUACUCCCACCAGUGGCGCACGUGGGCGGCGUGCUUCAUCCAGGCCGCCUGGCGCCGGAACAAGCGGCGCCGAGCGUCCAUGGAGCUCAGGAUGCGGGAGGGCGGGGAGGCGCGGUCGGGAGGGAGUGUGAGGUGCCGUCGGCACAGCUGCGACGGCAAAGCGCUCAUCAAGAAGCCCAUGGAACCCGAUUUUACUGUCGAGGAAGAGGACUGAUCCGAUCGAUCAGACUGUGUUUUCUGUUCAGCUAGCUUGUGAUGUUCGGAAUUUGUGAUGUACUUUUGCUUUGGUGGGUGUAUAAGUUGACCUGCCGUAUGAACAUGAAGUGCUCCUCAUAUUCAAAUUCAAAUUGUUC